UCACUUCCAAGUUCCAACUCCUUCCGGAGACCCGUGUCACCUGGUUUCCCGAGGGUUGCCUGCACGAUGUUAAAAAGAUCCGUAUGUCAAACUUCUACUUGAUGCUAUGAAGUACUCAGGUUGUGCUGUUAACAAAGAAAGACACUUUUCUUGUGAAGAUUGUAAUGGAAAUGUCAGUGGAGGUUUUGAUGCUUCAUCAUCUCAGAUUGUUUUGUGCCAGAAUAAUAUCCGUAAUCAGGCCCAUAUGAACCGAGUGGUCACCCAUGAGCUCAUUCAUGCAUUUGAUCACUGUCGUGCUCAUGUCAACUGGUUCACCAAUGUCAGACAUUUGGCGUGUUCAGAGGUUCGCGCCGCUAACCUCAGUGGAGACUGUUCACUUGUAAAUGAAAUGUUCAGGUUGCAUUUUGGAUUAAAACAGCAUCAUCAGACUUGUGUGCGAGACAGAGCCAUUCUUUCAAUCUUGGCUGUUAGGAACAUCAGCAAAGAAGUAGCUAAGAAGGCUGUUGAUGAAGUUUUUGAAUCUUGUUUCAAUGACCAGGAGCCUUUUGGAAGGAUCCCACAUAACCAGACUUAUGCAAGAUAUGCUCAUAGAGACUUUCAAAACCGUGAUCGGUAUUACUCAAAUAUAUGAAGACAAUGACAUUUUAUAUCACAGAGCCUCAAUUAUCAUGAAGAAACAAAUAUGGUUCUCAAGUGAUCAGGUGUAUAAAAUGUAAACAAUCAUUUAAAUACAAGAUCCAGAAUAUGCUGAUUUUGACAUAUAAUCAGAAAAAAUAGCUCUGGAAAAAAAUGAAACUGCCUUAAAAAAUGGUAUCUUUUUAAAU